UAUAUGAAGUCUAGUUUACAUGAUCGUAUUGGAAAGAAGAUGAAAUAUGAGACAGUAAUCAAACAUUAUAAGUAGUAGAAGUAAUUCAUAUUGUUAAUAAAUUUUAUUUAUUUUAUUUGUUAAUUUAAAUAAUUUGAAAGAAAAAAUAUAACCACUAUUUAAUAUUCUAUUAGUAUAUCUGACAAUAAUAAAAUUCAUCUAUAAAAUGUUAAGUAAAAUAGUUAACAUCAUAUCGAUUCAUAGUCUGAUUGGUUAAGCCAGUGUUCAAUGCAAGUAUGGCCGCCCUGCCAUCACCCACGCAGGUGGCUGGAAGCCAUACUGCUAUAUAUGAGGCUUAUUAUAACCAGGUGGAUCCAAAUGGAUAUGGACGCAUUGGAGCAAUGGAAGCUGCAAGAUUUCUUAAGAAAUCUCAGUUAAGCGAUGUUAUAUUAAGUAAAAUAUGGGAUAUGGCAGAUCCACAAUCACGUGGAUCAUUAGACAAGUCUGGUCUUUUUGUUGCUCUUAAACUUUGUGCAUUAGCUCAAGCAGGGAGAGAUCUUAAUAUGUCAAAUUUAAAUAUAGAAUUGCCACCUCCAAAAAUGGGUGAUAUUCCUAUAAUACCCCAAAAAAAUGUUAUAAAUACUUUACCAGUAAUAACAUCUGUCAAUAAUGGAGAUUGGUCCAUUAAACCUUCAGAAAGAGCCAAAUAUGAUCAACUUUUUGAUAGUUUGCAACCUUCAAAUGGAUAUAUACCUGGUAAUAAAGUAAAGGAUGUUCUUAUGGAUAGUAAACUUCCUUUAGAUACACUUGGAAAGAUUUGGGAUCUUGCAGAUAUGGAUAAAGAUGGUAUGCUAGAUAGACAUGAAUUUGUUGUUGCUGUUCAUUUAGUAUAUAAAGCUUUAGAGAAAUAUGCUAUACCAAGUGUACUUCCACCAGAAUUAAUGCCACCAGGGAAAAGAAAAGAUUCUACUGCACCAAUAUCAAAAUCUCCUGCAUCAAUGAGUGUAAUGACAACAGUUCCACCACCAAUUCCACCUUUACCCAAUGUAUCUUCAAUGAAGAAUAUGACUGGUUUGGAUACAACAAAGGUAAAUAUGCAAUGGGUAAUUUCAUCUGAGGAUCAAAUAGCAGCAGAUAAACUGUUUUUGCAAGCUGAUUUAGACAUGGAUGGAUAUGUCUCAGGUAUUGAAAUCAAAGAUGUCUUCCUUCAAAGUGGACUUCCACAAACUGUAUUAGCUCAUAUAUGGAGUCUUUGUGAUACAUGUCAAAGUGGAAAGUUAAAUAAAGAACAAUUUGCUUUAGCCAUGUGGCUUAUUAAACAGAAGCUUAGAGGUAUUGAACCACCUGCAACUUUAAGCCCUGAUAUGAUACCACCUUCUAUGCGGAAACCAUCUGAGUCUAUUGUGGAAAACAAUAAUGUAUCUGGUUAUUCAAAUCCAGAAUUGGACAUGAUAAGUAAAGAUAUAGCAGAACUUGUAAAAGAGAGGCAAAGUAUGGAACAAGACAUAGCACAAAAAGAAGCUGAUAUAAAGAUAAAAAAUGGUGAAAUUAAAAGUUUACAAAGUGAAUUGGAUACAUUGGCUGCUACAUUGAAACAAUUGGAGAAUCAGAAAGGUGAAGCACAAAAACGAUUGAACGAUUUGAAGGCUCAGAAGGCAGAAGUAGAUAAAGAUUUGAAUGAGAUCGAGCAGAAGAUACAUGAGGAACAAAAAAAGGUUGAUAAAUUACGUCAACAAGCAGAAGAACAAGAAUCAGUAUUGCGUACUCAAGAAGAAGAACUGAAUUUUAAACGACAAGAAUUAGAAGGCUUGAGACAAGAAGAGCAGCAGUUAGAACAGCAACAAAAUAAAAGCAGGGACCAAUUAAACGAACUUACUAAAAAUUUACAGGAUACUCAGCUGCAAAUUUGUCAAGCAAAAGCAAAAAUUACUCAUUUACAAGAACAACAACGCCAAAUGAGUGAUGCAAUUGCACUUUAUGAUUCUGCACUUGCAGCAGGAGAUGCCACUCUUGUACCUGAUACUAGUCUACAAUUUAAUCCUGAAAUUGAAAACUUAGAAUAUGAAAAGACGAAUGAGGAAGACAAAAUUCAAAAUAAGAAAAGUUCCUUUUCUAAAACAAACGAAAAAACAAUAGAUGGAUUUGAACAAGAUCCUUUUGCAGAAGCAUUUAAUGUAUCAACAUCAGAUCCAUUUGGAAAUGCAUUUUCAUCCCCAAAUAUCACUGGAGGAUUCACAGCUGAUCCAUUUAGUGUAUUUGAUGAUAACAAUGUCGCAAAGCAAGAUCCAUUUGAUCCAUUUGGAGAUGGAAAAAGAAUUGACACUAAAACUACUUCUGCAACAGCAGCAACAAAAGAUCCAUUUGGAGAUGAUCCAUUUGCAAAUCUUCAUGCUCCACCACGACCAGAAAGUCCUAGUCCUGCUCUUCCUCCAAAAAAAGCAAAACAACCACCACCACGACCAGCACCUCCAAGACCAGCUCAAGGACCUACUGGUCCUUUACGAGCAGCACCAGCACCACCUACCCCUUCUCCUACUCCUGAUCCUUUUGCAAAUGCUUUCUCUACUCAACAAGGAAUUAUGGAUAAUAAUAACAGCAAUAAUUUUAAUACAUCUACUGGAUUUGCAGAUUUUGCUAAUUUUGAUUCCAAGCCGGAACCAACACUGAAUCGUACGGCACCACCCAGACCAACCAGCAGAACAGUAUCAACGGUAACUUCAAAGCUGCCUGACUUCACGGAAGAUCCCUUCAGAGACUAUCGAUAUGAAGACCUUUUUAAUAUAGCAGAUCCUUUCGCCGACGAUACAGAAGAUUUCAAUGCAAAUAAAAAUGAAACAAUGGCAGGCAAUGCAGAUCCAUUUAGUUAUGGAACAAUUUCAGCACUUUCGCGUAAAAAUUCAUUUACAAAAAGCUUUGAUACUGAUUUCUCAAAUACUUUAUCUUUCACUAAAAACAAGAUUGAUAAAGACAAUGCUAAAUUCGAUACUGAUUUCGUGAAAGCAUUUUCUGAUGACAACCGAAAUAUAAAAACCAUUGAAUCCGAUGCAUUUUCAAAUAUUAAGAUAAAAACGAUCGAUAUAGAUGAAGCAUUUUCUACUAAGAAUGAAAAAUCUACUAGAAGACACGGACAAGAUUUAGCACACAAUAAAUCUAAAAAUUCUAGUUUUAAUGAUAAAAAAUCGAAAAGCGAAAUUGGUAAAAUUUGGAACGGCAAUAACACACCUCUAACAUUAAGCGAAGAAGAGCAAUUUGUUUGGGCAUCCCAACAAAGCUUAAAGACCGAAGAAGAAAGGCGUAGACGCAAAAAGCAAGAAGAAGCGGAAUUAGCUUUAGCUCUUGAAUUAAGUAAACAAGACAAAUCUGGAAAAUUAUAAAUUUUAUCGAUAAAAUAUUUUUUUUUUUUCAAUUUAUUUGAUUGAAUUGAAACAUAUAAAUAUAUACAUGUAUAUUUUUUCGGGCACAACGAUUUUACGAAUCUUAAUAACAAAAUCAGAACUGAGCAUAUAUGAUAUGUUAACUUAUUAUUAAUGAUUAUAAGAUCUGUGCUAAUGAAGGCUAUGAAAGAUAAUCUGUAAUGCUUAUUUUUAAUACUAUUUAGUAUAUCAUAAUUGCUGUGACAUAUUGACAGAAAAUAUUUAAAACAAACAGAAAUAGAAAUUGAUCAGAUAUAUAUGUUUUCAACAAUCUAGAAACAUUUUAAUUAUGCAAAAUCAAAAUACAUUUCAUCACAAGAUUGGUUAAAUUUUGAUCUAUUCGAUUUUCAUUCAACACAAGACAAAUAUUGAACUAUAUUCUUACAAUUAAAUCUAUUGAUGCAUUAAAAAUGCUAUACAAAUAUUAAAAAAAAGUUACAUUAAAAUGCGCUCUUUUCAACACUCUAGAUUAUCACAGAGACGAUUUUGUAAAAAAAAAAAAAGAGGGAGAAGAAAAAAAGAUUAAUCAUUGCCUUGCAAUAUCGAAUUCUAAGAUAAUGACAUUUACUUAUAUACUCGUAGCUGAUUGUACACUAUUGCUAACUUAAAUUAGCAUAUAAAACAAAAUAUAAUGGCAGAUUAUUGGAUUGACAAUAAAAAAUGUUAUGUACUUGUAUUCCGUGAGUUCAAAGGGAGGGGAAUAGUAAUAUAAAUGAUUAUCAUUUGAGCAGAUGAAUGAUUCUGAACAUCGUUAUAUAAAAUGCAUAUAUCAUUAUAUAUAUACAAUAUACAUCUGUACAUUUGCGAAUAGCAGUGGAAUAUAACAUUUUUAUUUGUUUGGUCUGCACUAUAAAUGAUGUCACUAUGCAUGAUAUUCAAAUUCGAUACUUGUCUUCGCCAAUAUUUACUAAAAUUGAAUAAGUAACAUAAAAAAAUAAAUUCUGGCUAUAUAAAUAUUAGUAGAUAGAAAUGUACAUGAUAUAUUAUUAAAAACUAUUACUAUUAUUAGUAUGCUUUUCAAUAUGUUAUUAUUGUGUAUAAAAAGAAAUUACAAGUUAAGAUACAAAUUUUGUGUUUCUUUAAAUAGUAUUAAAAUGUAAUGAAAACAACAUAAAAUUUCUUGUUUUGUUUAAUAGAAUAUGAAUUUAUAGCAGAUGAAUAAAAGGUGCAAAUAGUAAAAAAUGAUAUUUGUUAUGUUGAGUAAUAUAAGUGAACCGUUUUAAUAAUGUUUGUGAGAAUGCCAUCUGAUUCAGCCUUCGGUCUUAGUACGUCCUAAAGAAAUAAGGUGUUCAGAAAGAGCGUAGCUCCAUGUUUGUCAUCGAAAAUCCUGCGUAGCAUGGUAUUCGAACCAAAUACAAAGGGCCGCGUUUAUCUUUACUUUUAUUACUAUAGUUAUAUAACUUUACAACGACAACGUAUUACAUAGGCUGUAUAUAUUACUAUAUUAUUUCAUGAUAAUUAUUAUGAUAAUUGUGUUAU